GCUCUUACCCCUAAGCCACGCCGCUCCUCUCGGCGAAGGUUCCAUUCUAGAACCAGUCCUGACGUGAUGAUCGACCUUACGGGUACAGACUGGGCAGACCUCACUUUCUGAAUCUCCAGUGAUGACCAACCCCUCACAGCGAAUCCAGAUUAUCUCCACAGACUCUUCAGUAGCUCCACCACAACGCAUUCAGAUUGUGACAGAUCAGCAAACAGGACAGAAAAUACAGAUAGUGACAGCAGUGGACUCCUCCGUUUCUCCGAAGCCGCAGUUCAUCUUGACCGGUCCAGAUGGAACUGGAACAGGGAAGGUGAUAUUGGCAUCACCUGAGCCAUCGAGUGCCAAACAGCUUAUUUUCACCACCGCAGAUAAUAUCGUUCCAGGAAGAAUCCAGAUUGUAACAGACUCCGCUUCUGUUGAACGCUUGUUGGGGAAAGCAGAUGUCCAGCGUCCCCAAGUGGUAGAAUACUGUGUGGUCUGUGGAGACAAAGCAUCAGGUCGGCACUAUGGGGCUGUCAGUUGUGAAGGGUGCAAAGGUUUCUUUAAAAGGAGUGUAAGAAAGAAUCUGACCUACAGUUGUCGCAGCAACCAAGAUUGCAUCAUCAAUAAACAUCACCGGAACCGCUGCCAAUUUUGUAGGCUUAAAAAGUGCCUAGAGAUGGGCAUGAAAAUGGAAUCGGUUCAGAGUGAAAGGAAGCCAUUUGAUGUACAGCGGGAGAAACCAACCAAUUGUGCGGCUUCAACAGAAAAAAUUUAUAUCAGAAAGGACCUAAGAAGCCCUCUGAUAGCCACUCCAACUUUUGUAGCAGAUAAAGAUGGGACGAGACAAACGGGUCUUCUCGAUCCAGGAAUGCUUUUGAAUAUCCAACAGCCUUUGAUACGCGAUGAUGGUACACUCCUCGUAGCUACAGAUUCCAAGGCUGAAACAAGCCAGGGUGCUUUGGGUACGUUGGCAAAUGUAGUAACAUCCCUUGCAAACCUCAGUGACUCCCUCAAUAAUGGCGACACUUCAGAAAUGCAACAAGAGGACCAGUCUGCAAGUGAGAUUACUCGGGCGUUUGAUACUUUGGCUAAAGCACUUAAUACCAUGGACGGCUCUUCGACACCAAGCUUGGCAGAUGGGAUGGAUCCUGCAGGAGGAGGAAACAUUCACGUCAUCAGCAGAGACCAGUCAACACCUAUCAUCGAAGUAGAAGGACCCCUGCUGACAGAUACGCAUGUCACAUUUAAGCUCACAAUGCCUAGUCCAAUGCCAGAGUACCUUAAUGUACACUACAUUUGUGAGUCAGCAUCACGACUGCUUUUCCUCUCAAUGCACUGGGCUAGGUCCAUCCCUGCAUUUCAGGCACUUGGUCAGGACUGUAACACAAGCCUGGUGCGUGCCUGUUGGAAUGAACUGUUUACCUUGGGUCUGGCACAAUGCUCCCAGGUGAUGAGUCUUUCAACUAUUUUGGCAGCUAUUGUCAACCACUUGCAGAACAGCAUACAAGAAGACAAACUCUCUGGUGACAGAAUAAAGCAAGUCAUGGAACAUAUCUGGAAGCUUCAGGAGUUUUGUAACAGCAUGGCUAAGCUUGAAAUUGAUGGAUAUGAAUAUGCAUAUCUUAAAGCAAUAGUUCUCUUUAGCCCUGAUCAUCCAGGACUGACCAGUACAAGCCAAAUAGAAAAAUUCCAAGAGAAGGCCCAAAUGGAGUUACAGGAUUAUGUUCAGAAAACAUAUUCAGAAGAUACAUACAGACUAGCCCGGAUUCUCGUCCGCCUCCCAGCACUUAGACUGAUGAGCUCUAGCAUUACUGAAGAACUUUUUUUUACUGGUCUCAUUGGCAAUGUUCCAAUAGACAGCAUAAUCCCCUACAUCCUCAAAAUGGAGACCGCAGAGUACAAUGGCCAGAUAACAGGAGCAAAUUUAUAGUGGGAACAACACGACUUGGAGGAUCAAAAUAAAAUUCAGAGAAUCAGCUUCCACGUGAUUAAGAAAUGAUAUUUUGGUAUGUGCAAAUAUUUCCAGUGUGUAAACCAUUUCCUAUCCAGUUUCUACCUGUCUGCUAGUCCCAGCAAUAGCUACUAAGACAAAGAUCCUUUUUUUGCCACAAAGAAUGUUUUGAGGCCUUCUGGUGAAAAGACUACAUAUUUCUGAACAUCCUUUUAGCUCAUUUUGUAUUUAGAAAUAGUCAAUUUAGAAUUCACGAUGGUAAAUGGGCAAAAAAUAAAUUUUUAUAAUAGCUGAUGAGUAUUAAAGAAUCCUGCAAGAGCAGUGUCUGUAUAUAUGUUUAAAAUGUCCUGGGAAUUAAUAUCUACUAAUUGCCACAGAAAUCAUAAUCUUAGCACUUUCUAAGCACUUCUUGUCAGUGUGAUAAUGUUAUCAACAUUAUGAGUGGGACAAGUGGAAAAUUGCAUAUGUCCUUGGCCAAAAAAAUGCUAGUGAUUUCUGUGAAAACUUAGAAGGGUACAGGAGACAAUCAUGCUUAAGAAAAAUAAGGCAAUUUUACUGAUGGUAGUGUAUAUCUGUAUAGCGAAUCUUUACCUUUUAUUGAAUUAAACUUCUGAAUUGAU